UCUGAAAAUGACAUGUGACGUUAAGCAGAGCUGACGUCUGUGGCAGCGGUGGUUAAAGUGACACCAAAAUGCAAAAAUAAAAAUAUCUAUUCUCUUGUAAUAAUUAUAAUAUGUAUUAAAUAACUGUAGUAAAACAAGCAAUGACUGUUAAUCUGGUUGUUUAACUUACUUUUGGGUUAAUGAAGCAAUAAAUUCAGAGUUUUGGAUGCAUGGAAGCGUGGUUGUAAUUGUAGCCACAGCGUUUACAUAACCUAAAAUUUAAAAAUAAACAGUUUUUUAUUGUAGUGUGACAUUUAAAUUGAAAAAAUGUCUUCAGACAGUUCCGACGAUGAGGAUUUAAUGAAACUGCGAGAAGCAACUGAUUCUCAAUUUAUUAAUGAUUCCAUGUUUAAUCAGAAACCUGGGAAAGUCAACGUAAAGGAACAAAUCGAAAGGCCGCAGUCGCUCCGAUAUAGUAAAGAUGAAGACGAACAAUUCAACCUGUUCCGUGUGUCCCCAGAGUUUAGAAACUAUGUGGCAAAACAUCUCUCUUCCAUUUUGGAUAAGGUUCUAGAAAAACAGUUAACUAGCGACAAUUCUGUCUGUGAUGGUUCUAUAAAACCAAAACGACGAAAAAGUGGUGUUAAGCUCUUCCGGAAUUCGCCCCACUACAUUAAAGUGAAAACAAAGGAUGUUGGUAGUGAUGGCACACUUGUUAGAAGGACUAUAGUUGCUAAAAGUGAUGCAGAUCCUGUUAGUGAUGAACAAUUAAGGUUAAUUGCGGUAAAUUCAGACGAUAUUUUGAGCCAGAAAGACGUGAAGUGUUGGUCUACACGUACUAAAGCACCUGUGUAUAAUUAUGUUAAAACUAAAAAUGGUUUAAUGCUGAAGUAAACUUUGAAAUCUU